AUGGCCUUCUCUAUGCCCCGAACCGUUCCGUCCUUUGAUAGUCGUCAACGAGAGCUUGAGGAUCGAUUCUGGGGUUCUGGCCAGAGAUCCAACAAGUCGGAUCGACUCCCAAUGUACAAAGAUAAACCUUAUGCGUCGCCUUACGACGAUGAAGACAGACCCUUUUGGAAGCGGAAGAAGUGGGUGGCUAUUAUUGCCUUGGUUGUUUUGACUUUAAUAUAUUGGACUGGAUCCUCGAAGAAACCCUCACCGAAGCGAACUGUAACCACCGAUUGGAGCUACACAGGCUUGUCCAAGGAUGAUAGAAAGGCGAACUGGGAUCACAGGAGAGAUCGCGUGGUCGAGGCAUUCGAGCUGAGCUGGGAUGCCUACAAGCGAUAUGCCUGGGGAUUCGAUGAAUACCACCCAAUUAGCAAGACGGGUGAAAACAUGGCACCAAAGGGGCUCGGCUGGAUCAUAAUCGACUCUUUGGAUACUAUGAUUCUCAUGAACCUUACAUCUCGUGUCCAAGACGCUCGUCAUUGGAUCUCGGACUCCUUGACAUGGGAUCAGGAUCAGGAUGUCAACACCUUUGAGACGACAAUUCGAAUGCUGGGUGGGCUUCUAAGUGCACAUUACUUAUCCACCGAGUUCCCGGGGCUUGCGCCACUGGCCGAAGAUGACGAGGGGGCAGCCGGCGAAGAUUUGUAUCUUGAGAAAGCUAAAGACUUGGCUGAUCGUCUCAUGAGCGCAUUUGACUCCCCAUCUGGUAUCCCAUAUGCCAGUGUCAAUCUUGCCAAGUUCGAGGGCAUCCCCUCACACGCAGACAUGGGAGCGUCGUCGACGGCGGAGGCUACAACUCUCCAGCUUGAGUUCAAGUACCUCGCAAAGCUCACAGGAGAAAAAGACUUUUGGGACCGUGUGGAAAAUGUCAUGAAACUUGUCGACAAUCAGGGAGCUCAAGACGGCUUGGUCCCUAUCUUUAUCUAUGCAACCUCGGGCGAGUUCAGGGGUGAAAACAUUCGUCUGGGAAGCCGCGGCGACUCAUACUAUGAGUAUCUUAUCAAGCAAUAUCUUCAGACGAAUAAGCAGGAGCCUAUUUACCAAGAUAUGUGGUACGAGGCGCUUCAGGGCGUUCGCAAGCACCUCGUCACAUAUACCUCCAACUGCAAGUUCACCAUCAUCGGAGAGCGACCGAAUGGAUUAGAGAUGCCACUUAGCCCGAAGAUGGACCACCUCGUGUGCUUCAUGCCCGGUACAAUAGCUUUAGCGGCCACAGAAGGCCUUACCGAGGCUCAGGCACGCAAACUGCCGACGUGGUCGAAGAAGAACGAGGAGGAUAUGGAGCUGGCGCGAGAGGUCAUGGAGACAUGCUGGGGAAUGUACAAGUACAUGGCAACAGGGCUAUCAGCCGAAAUCACCUACUUCGAGAUUGACAACCCGCCAACAGCUUACGGCAAUCCUCGAAACGGUCCAGUUAAUUUCGACCCAAGUCCGGACGCGGAGUGGCGUAAGGACUUUACAGUCAAGUCUGGCGAUGUUCACAAUCUCCAGCGGCCCGAGACAGUCGAGAGUCUGUUCUACAUGUGGAGGAUUACCAACGACAACCGAUACCGGGAAUGGGGCUGGGAGAUGUUCAAGUCUUUCAUGAACCACACAGCUGUGCGAAAUGGUGGAGGCUUUACGAGUCUGCGCAAUGCAAAUGUUGUCCCGCCUAAAGUACGGGACAACAUGGAGAGCUUCUGGCUGGCUGAAACACUCAAAUACUUCUACCUCCUCUUCUCACCUCCUGAUCUCCUACCUCUGGACAAGGUCGUUAUCAACACAGAAGGACAUCCACUGCCUCGCUUUGACAUGGGACAGUUGUUCUCAACAGGGUGGAAGAGAAAGCCAAGAGACGCCAAUGGUAAGAUCAUCGCUACAGUCGUCAAGGCAGAAAGUCAAGAGAAGGAGGCCGUUAUACAGGACGCCAAGAAGGUGAAUUAG